AUGACCGUCAAAUUAGGCGAUUCAGUUUCACAGAUGGGUUCUAACAUCUACGGAGAUGGAAUUUCGUGGAUCAGGGGUCCGAUUUUGGGUAAAGAAAGCUCCGGCCGCGUCUACAAGGCCAAAAAUCGCCGACCGAAGUACAGCUGUUUCCCGCCGGAGAUGGCCGUGAAGUCCGCCGACGCUUCCUCCUCGUGCGCGCUGCAGAAGGAGAAGGAGGUCAUGGCCAACCUAGGCGCGAGCCCCUACCUCAUCUACUGUUUCGGAGACGAGACGACUCAAGGCGACAACGGCUCCAUCGCGUACAAUCUGCUGCUCGAGUACGCUUCCGGUGGAACCCUAGCCGACAGAAUCGCCCAAUCGGGCGGCGGAGGGCUGCCGGAAAUCGAGGUGAAGAUGCACGCGCGGUCUAUUCUCAGAGGUUUGAGCCACGUUCACGAAGCUGGUUACGUUCAUUGCGAUCUAAAGCCUGACAACAUUUUACUGGUACCAAAAACCACCGGAGGAAGCGAGAUUGAUGGUGCCCAAUUCACAGCGAAAAUUGGGGGUUUUGGCCUUACAAAGAGGGGAGAAGAGCACUCGAGGAAGAAGAGGAAAUUAGGUGGGGGCGAGUGCUGGAGAGGCAGCACGCCCAUGUAUUUGUCCCCCGACAGCGUGCAGGAAGCGCCUUGUGAUGUUUGGGCAGUCGGGUGCAUCGUGCUCGAGAUGCUGACCGGGAAAUUGCCGUGGGAAGGGACGAAAGAGGAAAUUCUGGAGAAGUUAGGGGCAGGACAGGAAAUUCCAGAAAUCCCGGAGUGGAUAUCGAGGGAGGCUAAGGACUUUAUCAAGCGUUGUUUCGUGAGGAAGCCAUCUUUCAGGUUCACGUGUGGAAUGCUGCUGAAUCACACGUUUAUUGAUGGCUUUGAUGAUGAGGAUGAGGAAUUAGAGGAGGAUGUUAAGGAGGAUUCGUUUUGUUCGCAACUUGCUGAAGAAAAUGAUUCGGAAGAGGUAGGCAGUCGAUAUUCUGUGUCCAAAGAUAUUCAUGUGCGACGUGUUAAGGAGAGGCAACAACUUUGUCCCUUUGGUCUCACCAUCCCUACAGGGGUCUGA